GCGACAACAAAGGCCAUUCUGCAGGUCUCACAAGUUCAUGACAAUGGAUCCGAUGAUGACCCCACUCUUUUCUUCCAGCUGGUACUGUACCUCAGUUACCUGACAGGCCUCACCUUUGUGCCGCGCGCUCUCUGUCACGAUGGCCACCAAGAUGGACGAAACAACUCUCUCGACGCUCGAUUUGUUGGAAUCACGGCUUCUUCGAAUCGAGCAUCUUCUCUAUGGCCAGAACCAAUCACCAGCGUUGGCUCAAGAUCAGUCGGCGGCUAGCCAGCUCAACAAGCUCGAGCGACGUUUCUCGAUGCUCCUGUCCGAUGUCCGCGUUUACCACGAGCUCAUGAGGAUAUACAGAGCUCACCCCGAUUUCUUUCAUCCGUCCGACCCGUCAGAGCCACCCUCGCAGCUGGACAUCGAUGCACUCCAAUCCAUUGUUCUAGCCUCAGCGUCCGCCUUUCCUGCGAUUCUAUCGUCCCUUACCGCGAUCAAAGACAGUCCGAUUCCGGAUCCUGCGGACAGCGCAGCGCUUGUGGCAUUGCAGGAUAGAAUGAAAGCAAUCGAAGCAACCCAAAUCGCACAAGCUACUGAGAUGGCCGACCUUCGACAAAGGAGCGAGAUCGCGGUUCGUUCCUGGUACGAAACAGGUAUCCUUAGUAACUCGAAAGCGAUGGCCAGCCUCGAGUCUCGAGUAAAGGUUGUUGAGCGCCAGGUGAGGAGGGCAGAGCGAGAGUUGGAGGCUGAAGAUGAGCUAUGAAAACAUGUUCAAAGAUACCCUUGAAAUUAAGGCAUUGGUUGAUUUAGAUCCGUUAGUUCUGCAAGUAGAACUAUAUACAGCGCAUACCUAUACCCUGCCCCAGUGACCCAAUAUAUCCACUCCACGGUGCGUUGUAGUUCAA